UUGUAUUGUAAAAUUAGACUGACUUGAAAUGGGAUAACAUAUUGCCUAUGUGCAUCAACGUUUUUUAAGCACAAUUGAGUACCCUUAAAUGCUAAAUGUACUGAGCAAAGCCUAUUCAUAGUCAAGUCUAAACGUUGUGUUGCCACUAGAUGGCAAUGGUUCCCGUUUGGGUUGGUUUCAUGUCAUACAUUACCGUAAUCUUGUAUAUAACCGGCCAAAGGCAAAGUUACUAUCAGCAUCAUUUGAGAUGUAAGGAUAUGAAGUUUUAGAUAUUUGCAAACAGACCUAAAAACACCAAAUCACAUUUGAAACCCCCAUGAAGAUACCCUUUUGUUUGUCUUACUUUAAUUUUGAUCUAUUAAAUGAUAAUAGCCAAGAAAAGGCUGCGGGGUUUGUUCCAUUGUACAAAAUCACGCCCUUCUAUUAGGGAUGUAGCGCGGAAAAAAACUGUCACCAUGGGAGACGCGCAGGCAGGUUGGGUAUGUGCCAAUGGUCUGUGUUACUGCUGUGUUGUGGAUGGUCAAGAGAGUGUGCAUAAUUUUGAGAGAAUUACGCGCGGGUAGACGCCAGAUAGAACAAUCUUCAUCUCAAAAAGGGACAUUUCAGAGUCUCUGUUGAAUAUAGCUGUGGAAUGGAUUUAGAGCCAGUAGAAAGGUGAUGCGGGUAGAACACCCUAUUGGAAAGCGACUGUCACCUUUGCCUGUAGGUGUUCAAAGCUAACACCACGCCAUAAGGAACUGUGUGCUACAACGGUUUUACUGUGGGCUGGAACUAUUCUUUUGGGCUGGAAAGAGGACCCUCUCCACUUUCAACAUGCUAAUAGCUAACAAAAGCAUUUUCAGAGAGCUCUUCCAAUAUCUCUGGCCGAUAGCAAACCACAGAGCUCCUCAGUCAGUGGAAUAGUCCUUAAUUAGGAACAACAAACGCACUGCACCUGCAUCUGCUCUAUGUAAACACAUAUAUAUUGGACACAGCAAGCUGCCGUGCAGAAGCUCAAGACGGCAGCUGGCACCUCUGCAUGUGUGCACCUGUGUCUGUAUAGUUAGUGUGUAUGUUUCCCUGUCUGCGUGUGUGUGAGUGUGCGCCACCUUGGAUCCUCCUUGGAGCCGCACACAGCCCGGGCGUCCAGCCUUCGGCCCGGAGAUGCUGCAGACCAACAACUACUCCCUGGUGCUGUUGAUCCAGCUGAGCCUGUUGACCUUUGACCUGUUUGUCAACUCCUUCAGUGAGCUGCUGAGGGCAGCGCCCGUUGUCCAGCUGGUGCUCUUCAUUAUCCAGGACAUAGCCAUCCUGUUUAACCUGAUCAUCAUUCUGCUGAUGCUGUUCAACACCUACGUGUUCCAGGUGGGCCUGGUGUCCUUGCUGCUGGAGCGCUUCAGGGCCCUGCUGCUGCUCUCUGCCCUCUACCUGACCCUCAGCAUCUCCCUACACUCCUGGAUCAUGAAUCUACGCUGGCUAAAAUCAAACCGCUAUGUGUGGACGGAUGGUCUCCAAGUGCUUUUUGUCUUCCAAAGAAUAGCGUCCGUGUUGUACUACUACUUCUACAAGCGCACCACAGAGUACCUGGGUGACCCUCGGCUCUAUGAAGACUCGCCUUGGCUCAGAGACGCCUUUGCCAAUGCCAGGGCCCGCCAGUGAGCAAAGAGCAGUGUGUGGAGAUUAAACUGGAAAGGACAGAUCCUAAAUUGACCCCUCCAUUUCCCCCCGGACACAGAGAGACACUGCUACGUGCAGAACUGAAAUAGACGCUACAGUGCACAGGCAUGGGCUUAUACGGAGGGAAGACAUGGGUAAACUUAAACAAGAAGGGUGAAAAAUGAGAUUCUGCUUGGAUACAGCAAGCCACUUUGCAGGGCAAGCCAGAUGUACUGUAAGAGGCAAACUGGUUUAGGGCCUUGAUUAAUGGACAGAAUGGUAUACCAAGAUGACUGUGAUGCUGAAAUUUGAGAACUCAUAGUUUGAUGUGACAUUGACACAACAAAUUGUAUCUUUUUUUCACACUUUGUAACCUUGUGACUGCGUUUGUCUGUGUUAUUUAGCUAUCAAUGUAAUUAUUAUCUUUGUUGUUUUGUAGGAUGAUUUCAGAGUUUGUGUGCCAGAUUUUGUGUGUGAAGAUGACUGGAAAGAAAAACUAAUGUUUUAUGUGUUUAAAAUGCUUACUUUCCCCCCCUGCUUUUUGUACAAAUGUAUUAAACAAAACCCAGACAGUGCAUACACUGAUACACCCUGUAUGUGCUCAGUAUUCC